AUGGAAACAUCUAACGGUUUUGGAAUUGACACUAUCCUGUCCCACAGAGCUGGGAGCCCAGGGCUUGUGCAAGGUGACCCAUUGAUGGGGGACAACAGGUCACCCCUGGAGCUCAGCCCAAGGUCUGAAGACAGCAGUGGGUGCUCUUCACCCCCAUCCCCAGCAAGGGAGUGCAUGGACUCAGUCAGCAGCAGACAAGGAGUAGCCAUGGCCAUAGAGUCCCAUCACCAGCCAGGAGUCCAGCUCUCUGCCCCAUCUCAAUCCAGAACUGUCACAUCCUCAUUUUUGAUCAGGGACAUUUUAGCGGACUGCAAACCAUUGGCCACCUGCGCGCCCUAUUCCAGUAACGGGCAACCAGCACAAGAUUUGGGCCACUGCUUAUCCAGUAAACCCGGGGAGGACUUUAGGGACAAACUGGAAAAAAGCAGUAGCUCUUCUUCUUCAGAAUCAGAAUAUAAAGUAAAAGAAGAAGGGGACAGAGAGAUCUCUAGUUCCAGGGACAGCCCCCCAGUGAGGCUGAAGAAGCCCAGGAAAGCCCGCACCGCGUUCACAGAUCAUCAGCUGGCGCAGCUGGAGAGGAGCUUUGAGAGGCAGAAAUAUCUGAGUGUGCAGGACAGGAUGGAGUUGGCAGCUUCACUUAAUCUUACAGACACUCAAGUCAAAACCUGGUACCAGAACAGGAGGACUAAGUGGAAAAGACAAACUGCAGUGGGACUUGAGCUGUUGGCAGAGGCCGGGAAUUAUUCUGCCUUACAGAGGAUGUUCCCCUCUCCUUACUUCUACCCACAAAGUUUGGUGUCCAACCUGGAUCCUGGUGCUGCCCUCUAUCUAUACAGGGGACCAACUGCACCACCCCCAGCAUUGCAGAGACCUCUGGUUCCAAGGAUCCUCAUCCAUGGACUUCAGGGGGGCACAGAGCCUCCUCCCACACUACCCCCUUUAACAGGUGUCUUACCCAGGUCGGCACAACCACGAUGA